AUGAGAGAGGGGGACCGCCCUGUGCAAGGAGGGGGGAGGGACUAUGAGGUGGUUCGACCAAUCAAGCUGCACGCGCUGCACAAGAGAGACACACAGGCCUCACGGCCGGAUGAGGUGUGGUACGGGAUGAGUGUGGGAGGGAGAGACAUUGAGAUGCACCUGGAGAGGAACCAGGACCUGCUGAGCGAGCACUACAGCGAGACACACUACACUCCAGACGGGACGAGAGUCACCUCCACCCUCCAGGAUCUGGAUCACUGCUAUUACCAUGGAAGGAUCGUUAAUGACAGCCAAUCAGCAGUCAGCGUUAGCACCUGCAACGGACUGAGGGGUUACCUCAGGACAGCUUCGCAGCAGUACCUGCUCGAACCCCUGUCGGAUCAGGACACGGGUGACCACGCCCUGCUCAGAUACGACACCCUCACCACUACGCUGUCUACCUGCGGAGUCACCAGCACCAGCUGGGAACCGAUCUUCCCCUCCUCCACCACACGAGGGCGCUCCAGGGCUUCGGAGCCCUCCCCUACAGAGCAACCCAAAUACAUGGAGCUCUUUCUGGUGGCUGACAACAGUGAGUACAAACGCAUGAAGAGUGACCUUUCUGCAGUCAGGAGCAGGAUGUUUGAAAUCGUCAACUUUAUCAACAAAAUGUACCAGCCUCUGAACACCUCGAUCGUCCUGAUUGGGCUGGAGGUGUGGACGGACCGGGACAGGAUCAGGGUGGUGCCCGCGAUUGGACAGACUCUGAGCAGCUUCACCGACUGGCGAAACGAGGUGCUGAUGAAGACAAACCCGCACGACAACGCCCAGCUGAUCACGGCCGUGGACUUUGACGGGCUGAGCGUGGGACUGGCCUACGUGGGCACGCUGUGUUCUGUCCACUCCACCGGCGUCGUGCAGGAUCAUAACUCCAGAGCUGUGGUUGUUGGGGCGACGCUGACCCACGAGAUCGGGCACAACCUGGGCAUGCGGCACGACGAAGCAUCGUGCACCUGUGGAGCGGGCGUGUCCUGCAUCAUGGCUGCGUCCCUCAGUCCCCAGGUGCCGCGGCGGUUCAGCGGCUGCAGCGUGGGGGCGUACGGAGACUUCCUGCGAGCGCGCCGGCCCUGGUGCCUGUUCGACCGGCCCGACAUCGCCAUGGCAGCGUCCUGGUGUGGGGACGGCGUGCUGGACCCCGGGGAGGAGUGCGACUGUGGGGACGAAGAGGAGUGCACAGACCCCUGCUGCCACGCCCCCACCUGCAGGCUGACCCCAGGAUCACAGUGUGCUGCAGGAGAGUGCUGUGACAACUGCAAGUUCACUCCGGCCUCAAAACAGUGCAGGAGCCAGAGGGAUGAGUGUGACCUGGCUGAGUACUGCACGGGGAAGUCCCCCAGAUGCCCCGAGGACGUCUUCUCCUUCAACGGGACGCCUUGCAAGGAAGGCCGGGGCUACUGCUACAACGGACAGUGCCCCCUGCUGGCCGAACAGUGCGUCACAAUGUGGGGAGACACUGCACAGGUGGGAGGGGAUACCUGCUACGACCGGAACACGCAGGGCACCAUUGAUGGCUUCUGCCAGCGCAGAGGACCGCAGCUCUACGAUGCCUGCAGGGAAAAGGAUGUGAGGUGUGGGAGGCUGUUCUGCAGUGGUGGGAAGGACACCCCCCUUUUCGGGGAGCCAGUGGGGCCACCCGACUGCAGAGCCGCAGUGCACCCCGACCCCACCCAGGACCGGGGACAGGUGGCCGACGGAACCAAGUGUGGGGACGCACAGGUGUGCAGCAGGAACGCAUGUGUGGAUCUGGAGAUGGCCUACGGAGGCACCAACUGUUCAGCGCGAUGCCGAGGUCAUGCGGUGUGCAAUCAUAAAUCAGAGUGUCAGUGUGAGCCUGGAUGGAUACCGCCAGACUGCGACACCAUGGAUUCGAGCGACCAAAUCCUUUCCCUCGAGACGUAG